CGGUCCUUUAAGUAAAAGCUUCCGUUUUGCUUCCGGUGACGGGUUCGGAGAUCCAGCGGGUUUCUCCUCUUCUUCUUCUUCUUCUUGUUCUUCUUCUUUUUCUUAUUAUUAUUAUUAAAUGUGUCUCAGCUGCUGCAGAAGAAGAAGUCUGGUCCUGUAGCUUCACGCGUGUCCGCGCCAAACUUGGUCCGGGUUGUAGUUUGCGGGUUAAAGCGACUCGUCAUGGAGUUUUCCGCUCGACUCCUCUUUCCUCACCACCAUGACCUCUGAGAACGGCGUGCUGAUAAAGGAGUACAUCAAGAUGAUGACUGACAUGAUCGUGCUGUGUGCCACUCUGGCACUCUCCCUCUUCUUCUGGGUCACCUCCCUCACCAUCAGCACCUACUAUGGCACACUGCAGCCUGUGUCACCGUGGCGAUGGCUGUUCUCCAUCCUGGUUCCCCUCGUGGUGACAGUCAGAGCGCUGAAGAGGCGCAGUCUGGAUCGCUCAGGAGCGCUGGGAGCUCUCCUGGUGGGUUUCGUGCUGACGAUGGCGAACUACAGCUUCUUCUCGUCUCUGCUGGCGUUUUUCAUCACCUCCUCCAAACUGACUCGCUGGGGAGGAGCACAGAAGAAGAAGAUAGACGCAGAGUACAAAGAAGGGGGCGAGAGGAACUGGCUUCAGGUCUUCUGUAACGGAGGAGUCCCCACUGAGCUGGCACUGCUUUACAUGAUUGAGGUGGGUCCGGGUGAGAUGCCCAUCGAUUUCGGGAAACAGUACUCGGCCUCCUGGAUGUGCCUCUCGCUCGUGGGAGCGCUCGCAUGCAGCACCGGGGACACCUGGGCGUCUGAGGUGGGGCCCGUCCUCAGCAAAUCACAGCCCAGACUCAUAACCACCUGGAAGGAAGUCCCAGCAGGAACUAACGGAGGGGUUACGCCUGUCGGACUCGUCGCCAGCUUCCUCGGUGGACUUGCUGUGGGCGUGGCUUACUUUGUGACGCAGCUGCUGACGGUCAGCAACCUGCACCAGUCGGACCCCCAGUGGCCAAUCAUGGUGUACGGAGGGGUGGCCGGGCUGCUGGGAUCCCUGCUGGACUCUUUCCUGGGAGCUCACCUGCAGUACUCAGGUAGGAACGAUUAUCAACCAUCAGUCAGGAAAAAACGUUGCGUCCAAAAUCAUGAGAAAACGACAUAA